UAAACAUUUUAUUUAUUAAAUUUUAAAGAACCUAGGAUAUCGUACGUAGAAAUUUUCGGUGUGUCCCGAAUAUCUUUAUCAAGAAAGUUGAGUAAUUGUCGUCAGUGUCUCGAGUGGUAUUCCCUGCUCAUUGGACGUUUAAUAUUUGUGAGUUUUGUGCUGAAACUUCAAGGUGCAAGUACCAAACCGCGUUUCUCGUUCGACUGUUUGGAAAUAUUAACUGAAAAUGAAAAUUAAGUCUGAGUUUCAUCCUGAGGCAAACUAUUUUACAUUUGCCCUGGUGUUGGCGUUUUAUAGCAUCUUCGCCAAUGCAGCCGUAGAUCAUCAAUGGACGUGGCACUGUCAAGCGGGAAAAUGUGCGAAAACGCGGUUGGACCAAACGAACGCUUCCCUUAAUAUGGUCGGCCCAAAUCUCUCUGAAAACCAAUUUAGCAUUAACGCCUGCAAGUUGGCCUGCGGACACUACAGCAUUCUCUGGCCAAAACCCACAGGAUACGUUCAGAUCAGCUCAGAAUUAACUCACAUUGACCACAACAAUAUUUACUUCCAGAGCUUGUCGGAGAUGGAUUUGCCAGCCGAGGUUCACCACCUGGUACAAGAGCUGGGGAAGGUGUUCAUCAAGAAUGUCCACGCGAACUUGGUGGGGAGGUCGCGGAUCGCUGAAGGAGGUCGCAACCUCCACGUCUCGAUCUCCAUCCAGAACCCAUCCGUCACCUCCUUCACCAACGAAGCCGACGAGAGCUACGAAUUGACUGUCUCGGAGCGGGGAUACUCGGUGGCAGCGACGAUCAAAGCAGAGACCUACCUGGGCGUGCGCCACGGCACAGAGACCCUCUCGCAGCUGAUCAUCUUCGACGAUCACGUGAAAGAGCUGAUCAUCCCUUCGGUGGUGACAGUGCAAGACCGGCCCGAGUUCCCUCAUCGUGGGCUCCUCCUGGACACAGCCAGGAAUUUCUUCUCCGUCGAUAAGAUCCGCCGCGUCCUGGACGCCAUGGCCGCCUCCAAACUCAACACCUUCCACUGGCAUAUCAACGACGCCCAAAGCUUCCCCAUGCAAUCCGUCGCUUUCCCUCAGCUUACCAAGUACGGUUCAUACUCCCCGGAAAAGGUGUACAGCCACGACGACAUCCAGAGUAUCAUCGAGUACGCGAAGGUGCGAGGAAUCCGGGUGAUCCCGGAACUGGACGCGCCAGGGCACGUGGGCGAAGGGUGGUCGCACCUCAACGACGGAAAACCAGAGCAGGACCUCUUGGCUUGCUUCAACGCCCGCCCUUGGCAGCAGUACUGCACGGAGCCUCCCUGCGGGCAACUCAACCCCACCUCGGAGCGCGUCUACGACAUGCUCCUCGAUAUCUACACCGAGAUGGGACAGCUCUUCGAGUCCGACAUCUUCCACAUGGGCGGCAGCGAGAUCAACAUCAACUGCUGGAACUCUACAAACUCCAUCGUCAACUGGAUGAAAAAGAGCGGGUUAGGAUUGAGCGCCGAAGAUUUCUUCGAACUUUGGGACAUUUUCCAGCGUCGCGCAUUGGAGCGGUUAGAAAAAGCCAACCCGAGAGUGCGACAUGCGAUGCUAUGGACUAGCUCUUUGACACUGAACCCACGGUUAACGAAGUACCUGGAUCCUGCAAAAUACGUAAUUCAUAUUAACACCAAGGCAUCUGAUAAAUCAAUCGGUGAUAUUGUUGCAAACGGGUACCCCGUUGUCUUCUCCAAUCAAGAUGCCCUGUACCUGUUUUGCGGGGUUGGAUCCAAGAGCGCCAAAGAGGGUGAAUGCUCCCCUUACGUGAGUUGGCAGAAGAUCUACGAGAACAACCCCUUGACGAUCCUGAAAGAGCAAGGUGUUGACCCAGCAACCGCGAAGAACCUGACGUUGGGCCAGGAGAUCUUGCUGUGGUCGGAGCAAACGGAUGAGAAGGACAUUGACGUGAGGUUGUGGCCCCGUGCGGCUGCCAUGGCCGAACGCACUUGGUCUAACCCCCAGGAAAGCUGGAGAGUGGCAAAGAGCCGCUUUCUGCAUCACAGGGAAAGGCUCGCCCAGAGAGGCUUCGGAACAGAGUCCAUCGAGACCGAGUGGUGUUACCAGAAUGAGGGCGCCUGCGAAUUCGAGUGAAUACCACCUUCAGAACGUGAAUCACACCUUUAAAGAAAUAUUUAUACUAAGACAACACCUCAGCAGACAACUUGAAGACGGUGGUUCUGUAUUGUAAGGAUACAUCAUUGGGGAGUUUUUAUCGACAUUUUGCAGACAAUAAUAAACGGCGCCUAUUAAUUUCUUUCACCUGCGAUGAUACAGAAAUAUGAGGCGAAGAUUCCUGCAAACAUCAACUUAGAAGAAGGAGAGGCUAUAGUUAAAUUUGAGGCACAAAACACCUGGAAUAAAAAAUGGUUCGAUUUUGUAAAUAGCUUUGUGAAAUAAAAUAUUGUCAUCCGUGUAAAUAAAUUAACCGAUCAACUUACGUGUGCCAAUCAUCAGUGCCAGCCAUGAAUUAUUAUUUUUCAAAACGCAUUUCUGGAGAACAUCCGUGAGCAUUUCACUCAUGCAUCGUGAAUAUACUCAGGUUGUCAAUAUACUGCCCCCGGAUAUUUUGAUCAUCUAUGGAUGAAAGUUACGAAUAUGAACUCAUCAAAAGUGAGUUAGUUAGUUAUUUUAAUGAUAGUGUUAAAUGCAAUGAGAUCAAAGCAUUUAUUUGGUUCUAAGUGUCUCGAGAUGUGAGAAAUUUUGAUUUAAUCAGUCUUUCUUGUUAUCCUUUGUCUUGUUGAUUCGUGUUUAUUAAUGUCAUGACUUGCCAUCAAUUUUUCAACCAAAAAAAUAGUUUCACGAUGGACGCAACAUACAACGUCACAUGUCAGAUCGCAAUUUUUGCAUAUUUCUCAAAUGAUUCUCGUUAAAAAUUUCAGUAGCUUGAGGAAAGGCUGCGGGGUGCAAAUGCUAAUUCACUGUUGGCUCUUUUGACUAGGCACACGCAGCAUUUGAUUAUAGAUGAUUGUUCGUCACUUCCGUCAUUAAGUAGAGCUUAAUUUCUAUGUCAGCUCUGUCAUUAAAAAAAGUUUAAAAUAUUCAUAUCAGAAUGGGAAAAAUCUUUCAAGAGGUUAGGUAGAACCAUUUGUUCGGAUAAAAAGCAAAUUAUCAGAGAAGAAAAGGAAGUUAGUUUCGUCAGUCAUUAAUACUUAUAAAAUUUAUUGUUUUGUAAAUUGUGCUGUAUCUCAUGGAUGUAGUGUGGGAAAUAAACCCUCAAUAAUGAUCCAGA